UCGCUCACGAAGCAGAGACGCAAAGGAAAGAUGGCUACCGUAGCAGAGUUGCAGAGAGAAGUCGAAAUUGCUCGAGAAGGGUUGCGAAAUGUCGACGAAAAUAUCAAGAAGCUUACYGGAAGGGAUCCCUCGGAGUUUAGACCGAUGGCUGCAAGACGAGUGAGUCUCAAGAGAGACUUUGGUGAGAGGAGCAGUGGUGKUCGUGGCUUUGGUCCAGCUACAAAGAGACAGGAUGCACAAGGACGGUUGUGGAGCCGCGUGGUUGUAACAAGAAAAUCCCAAGAUGAUGACCACCCUUCUCGACGACUGGAUAGUGAUGGCGAAGAAGAAGAAGAUGCACCCAAGCCUGCUAUCCAGUCCUCUGUAGUUGCUACUAAUACUCCUUUGCGUCUCAAAAGAGAAGAUGUUGUAAAGUCUGACGAGAAAACGAAAUCAAGGAAUAGACGGAUGUUUGGUAUGCUUCUAGGAACAUUACAGAAAUUUAAACAAGACAGUGACUGUAAAACUGAAAAGGACGUAAGAAGAGAAGAAAUAAACAAAAAACUAGAAGAAGCAGAAACUAAGGAGAAAGAAGAAGUACUCAAUCAGAAAAGAGAACUAUUCACAUCAAGAAGAGCAAAACAGGCAGAACUAAAAAAACUAGAAUGGAAGAUGGAGAUAACAGCAUUACAAGAGGAAUGGGACAACAAUGGUAAAAGACUGUGUAACUUUAUCAAGACAAGAGCAAAACCACAUAUUCAUUAUCUCCCAGCAAAACAUACAGAAAAAACUAAAAAACUGCUCGAAGAAUCAUCUAGAGCAAACAAACGAUCCAUGGCAGAACGUAGGGCUGUAAUAGAGGAAGAGCUUCAAGCUCUGGCAGAAAUAGAGAAAUCUUCAAAAGAUGAGGGUAAUGAUGGUGAGGGUAAGAAUGAAACAGUGGAGAUAGAAAAGCAAGCAAAUGCUGGUGAAGACAAUGAUGUAGACAUGGAUGAAGAGAGACAAAAUAGUCAUAUGAGUAUUUCAGAGGGUGGGGAUACAAGACAGGUGAUAAUAAAGAAAGAAAAUGGAGAGAGUAUGGAGUUAGGAGAGUAGAGAUUUGUAUGGUGAGAGAAAGUAGYCAAACUGUAAGUUUGUUUAUGUUAGUGUCCUGUAUAUUCUCAUGUACUUUUUGUGUGUUUUCUCUAUGUUUUCAUGUUCUUUCUUGUGUCUUGUUUGUGUAUUGCAUCUAUUGUCAUUGAUUAUUUUAGAAAAUACUAAUGUGAACUACAGUAAAUGGAUGUACUUGACUUUUAUCACUAUUUUAUUUAAUAUGGAGAGCCAAUGUAUGUCAAAUAUCUAAAUUCUCACCAUUACAAUGGAACAAAUUCAUGGACAUUCACUUCAUACCACAUCAUAUAUUCUAUACACUUAUGACUUCCAUUUGUUUUUAAUUUUAGUCGAAUCUGGUGAUCAAAUCGUUAUAAAACUGUUUUGCUUUGUGUUUUUGUGCUUGUAGAUAGACUGUUUUGAUGUACUAUUGUAUUAAGGAUAUUUAUCUUUAUUCAUAUUACAGGAUUUUAGGCAUAUUGUAUUUAGACAAAUAUACUGAUGUUCUUCUUACAGGCAAAUGUAAAAGAAAUGAUGUAAUAAACUGCUUCAAAUUGCA